AUGGCUAAUAUCUUAAACAUUGGAGGCAAACCGAUCUUUGACGACAGCAUCGUCAAGAUGGAGACUCAUACGUACAACCCAUACGCCAACACAACGUUUGGACACAGCGAUGAGAUACGAAUACCUAUACAACAGCAGGAUUUAUGCACGUUGCCAAGCGAGAGCUUUCUAUACGUUGAAGGAAGAUUCACAGUAAGGAAGCCAAACAAGGAGUUGGAAGCAUAUCUCGGAAAUAAUUGUGUUGCGUUUAUGUUUGAUGAAAUUCGAUAUGAACUCAAUGGUGUGGAGAUCGAUCGUAACAGAAACGUUGGAAUAACAAGUACCAUCAAAACCUUCGUGUCCUCAACAUUUGAUAAAUCGUUAAUUUUACGGAAUGCAGGAUGGGUCACACAGUCAAACAUACCGACAGGUUACUUUAACUUUUGCGUACCGCUAAACAUGUUGUUGGGUUUUUGCGAAGAUUACAAGCGUAUAGUAAUCAAUGCUCGUCAUGAGCUCAUUCUUAUACGCGCUCGCAGCGAUAACAACAGCGUCGUUGCAAAUUCCGCGCUGGAGCCAGAGAUCGAAUUACUAAAGAUACAGUGGCGAAUGCCUCGCAUUAUACUGAACGAUACGAAUAAACUAUCGAUGUUGCGGAUUUUGGAAAACGGGCAAUACCUAAGCAUGAGUUUUCGUUCGUGGGACCUGUACGAGUACCCAUUAUUGCAAAGUACAACUAAACAUUCGUGGGCCGUUAAAACUGCAACUCAGCUGGAGAAACCGCGAUACGUAAUUUUUGCGCUGCAGACUGGUCGAAAGAACAUCAUGUCUCAAGAUGCGAGCAACUUCGAUGCAUGUAACUUGACCAACGUGAAACUUUAUCUAAACUCUGACUUUUAUCCAUACGAUGACUUGAAUCUCGAUUUUGAUAAAAACAGAUAUGCUAUUCUUUUUGAUAUGUAUGCACGUUUUCGUAAAGCUUAUUACGGAUACGACUGUUACGAAACGCAUUGCAGCAGAGACAACUUUUCGUUGCAUGGACCGUUCGUAGUAAUCGAUUGCUCGCGACAGAACGAAUCAAUCAAGAGCGCAACCGUAGAUGUGCGAAUAGAAUUUGAUUGUAAAGAAAACGUACCAACAAAUACUACUGCGUAUUGUCUUAUUUUGCAUGAUCGCGUCGCCGAGUACUGUCCACUGUCCAACGUUGUGCGCAGAAUCACAUAA